GUUGCUGUGCUGGUGGUUGUGUUUCUGUUCUACUUCCUCAUCACCCGUGGGAACCCACCUAAAGACCUCUUAUUCUUCGUUUUUGCUGAAUUUUCCUUUACUUGUGUCAUUGACCUGGUGAGUGCCUUGGAAUAUGACGGCGUUAUCUCCGGCUUCAUGGAAUUCUACCAAAAGACUGGAGAGCCUUAUCUGGGGACAGCCUAUGCCAUCAUGAUGUGUUACUGGGAUGGAAUAGCUCACUUUAUCAUGUACCUGGUGAUGAUCAGCAGGAUAACAGACAGGAAAGCGUACCGUACCCUGGGCCUGUUCUGGGCUGGCUCUUUGUGUGCCAACAUGAGUGUGUUCAUCACUGGUAUAGUGGCAGGUAAAUACGGGUCAGAGAUCCGUCCAGCCUUCUGGCUCAACUUUCUCUUCCUUUUGAUGCCUGUGUUGGGAGCCAUCACACUAUUCACCAGGCCCAAGGACAGACCGCUAAUCGGUGGAUACAAUGCCCAGCACGCUCAAAGCAUGAAGCUGAUCUGGCGUCCCUUGGAUCUGAUGCUGGUGCUGCUCCUGUUAGCUGCCAUGGCCUUCACUGCCCUCAGAGGCCUGGUGGCUCUGGACUCUCCAGUAGAAGCCUGUUCCACCUACCUGCGGCAGUAUGAGCCCUACCUGAAGGAUCCUGUGGGCUACCCCCGAGUGAUGAUGCUGCACUUGUUCUUCUAUGCACUGCCUCUCUUGGGUGCGUUUGUUUAUGGUCUCCUGAAGCCUGGAUGCUCAUGGAUGUCAGACUGGACUGUGUUCCUAGCUGGAGCCAUGAUCCAGUGCCAGUGGGCCCACAUCGGAGGGUCCCUCCACCCUCGUACCACAGCUCCAUUUCGCAUCCCAAAUGAUGCUUUCUGGUCUGUGCUGGCAGCUAACUUGCUCUACGCAGCUACUCCCAUCCUGGUGGCCUUACGGGUUCAAAGUAACCCCUAUUUCUUCCUGAAGAUCGCCCCCUUUCCCGGGCAAACAGGUCUGCCAAACAGCGAGGAGAAAGAUACCAAGUACAAAGAUAAAUAGUUACUCUUAAUUUUCUCUGACCUUUGGAGUUAAUUGCGUAUCUGAUGAUUCAUGAAAAGCUGUUUUAUUUCAAAUGCCAAAAUACAAGAUUAUUUUGCUCAA